GUAUUGUUGUUUCUCCAUUUUAAAACAUGUGGUUGUCUUUUCCAUUUCUCUUUUUUUGUCUUUUUCUAUACUUUCUAAUCCCAUUGCCUGUCAUAUGAUCCUCUUUCCUAAACACGAACACACGCAUACAUAAACAUCUACACAACAGCAGUCAGGAUCAGGAGACUCAGAAACAGACUGCAGUGGUUCUGCUGAACUCCAACCGUAAAACCUCCAAGGGUCUUUCAGUAACCACCCUCUGCACAGACUCCCUGCGGGGCUCAAAAUACACCAAACAGCGAGACUGGCUCUCCAUGCUGCGUCCUGCCUCUGUCAGCGCCCAGCAUAAAAACUCCCUCAAGUUUUCUCUGUCUCUGAAUGACAUGGGCCAACGUGUGGACAACCUUUGUCAGGGGCUUCACUUCAUAGAUCGUACGUGCUCGGAGGGAGAACUGGAUGCGAAGGCCGAGCAUGCUCAGUGUCUCUGUAGCAAUCCGGUCACCACCACUAUAAGAGAGAGCCCAGAUUCUUCACUCUCAACCCGCACCAGCCUCCACCUCGUCCCUUCCCUCACUAACAACCACAAAUACAUGUUGUCCACCCCUACCAGUCCUGCUCCUCCUUCUCAUCAAAACAGUUUUGUCCAGCCUCUUUCCACACCGGGGUCCAACUUGCUUCAUCUCCUCCUUCCCUUCUCCCGAUCUUCUACAUCAGCCAGCCUGCAAUGCUCUGAGCUGGGAAGCUACGCCUCUCACCUCUACAUCGCCAAGUCUUGCAGUACUCUGCUGGAAGGCACUGAAUCAGGCUUCCUCUCUCAAGGAGAUGACAGUGUGUUUGAAGUGGAGCUUCCCAAACCAGCUUCCAAGGAGGCAAACAUGAUGCUGACAGCCCCCAUAAUGGACAGUGUGUCUGGGACUCUUUUAGCACCUCUGUGCUAUAUGGAUGAGGACGUGGACCUUGAGUGCCAUUCGUCGCCUUUGAUGGAGAAAUCAGGGCCUCUGUCACAUUACUCUCUAUCAGGGGACUGCUGCAGGUGGGUGAUUGUUUGGACGGUCUGCAGCCCUGUAACCCUCCAUCGUGCAGUUAAUGUGGCAGUUCUCCCAGAGACCUGUUCAGUAGUGGAGGGAUCCUCCUCCUGUAGUGUAAUCGCCCAAUCCAGUUGUGUACAUCCUCCAAAGCUCUGCUCAGAGUGGAGCUUUUAGUUAGAGGAGCCCAAUAUAGUUGCCCUAUGUCAGUAAUAACUAUUUCCGUGCUUCCAGGUUUCCUUUUAUUUUUGCCUUGUUUACCCUUCUGAAAUGGUGUGCUCAUCAUUUUAAUAUGAUACAAACAUAACCACAAAAAUAAUACUUAACUCUCUAGCAUCAAGCAGACUCUUAAAGAAAAGUUGUCCAACAAUAUCUAAACCUUUAGAGUUGUUUCAGAGCAGAUGAGAAACACAACCAUUUGGCAUCCAUCAAUCUGAAAAGGUUUACCAAGCUUUUUCUCAGGGUUUGGCAAUCCAGCAAAAACGGUGAUAAACAUUAUAAAAAGAAUUGAGAAGCAUCCCAUGAAUGCCUAGCCCAUCAAUAUUAUUCCUAAAGAAAAUGAAUGGCCAAUCUAGGAGGCCACAGAUAAAUCCAGAUUGGCAUUUAAGGCACAGAGACUUCAUUUGCUUUGGUAAACAUCAGUAUUCAACAUUCAAUCUAAUGACAGAUAAUGGGCAAAAUGGCAUUCAUAAAAAAGUUACAAGACCAAAAUAACUACCUAUCAAAAAGAACACACUUUAGUUUUUGUACUAUUCAUCUUCCAUUUAUCUAGGACCGGGUUUCCAUGGGCAACAGUCUCAGCAGAAACCCCCCGAUUUCCCCCUUCCCGGACAUCUUCUCCACCUUUCUUGGAGAAGCCCAAGUCCUUCCUCUGAGUCCUGAGCCAUCCCUUGGGCCUCCUCGGGUUAGACGUGCCUAGAACACCUUACAAGGGAGUCGUCCAGGGGGCAUCCGAAACAGAUGUUUGACCCAUCUGAGCUGACAGCUCAACUUCUUUAAAGUAGUGCCUAGGCACCCUGCAAAGAAAACUCCUUUUAGCCACUUGUAUCUGAGAUCUUGUUCUCUCAGUCAUGAUCAUAGGAACACGCAUUUCACAUAUUCGUUGAAAAAUAUCAGCAAGACAGGUAGGGUAAAAUGUUUUUACAUUACUGAAAACACAAAUUCAUCCUCACCUCAUCUUCUUGCAAACCUUUAUAAUCUUUAGUGUUCGGAGCAAUAAGCUGGCUAUAGUGUCAUUUCAUUCCAUUUAAUUUCCCUACAUGGAUUUGUAAAGGUCUCUUGACAUCCUUACCCCACACUUCUGCUGUCAAACAGCUUUUAAAAUAAUUUUUCAUCUUGGGUAGAUUGAUGGUGGGAGGAAGUCUCAAUGAACAUGUAAUUGAUUUUCCUGAGAUUUUUGAAGUUCUGUGGAAAAGAGGGCUGAGGACGUUAAGAAAUAUAUGGAGACCAGCAGGUCGUUGCUGAAAAUGUAAUAGUGCUGACGUUUAAAGCUGGUUUCUGCUGUAAAAAGUGGAUGAAAGGUUUAUUUAAUGCAUGUCUUGGUUCAAAAGGUUGACUGAGUGCAGCCUUACAGGAAAGUAUUUGAUAGAGGCUCAGGCCAUGACUACAUGAACUGUCUUGAUGAGCCUUCAUAGCAGCAGUAAAGAUUAGUUGCCAGAGGCUCAACGGCGAGCUCCUCUGGGUUACAGCGUCCGUUUGUCAAUACAGCAACAACUCGCUGGACUGAAGAGAUUUAAGUCCUCAGCCCAGUUCGAUACCAAUUAUGUCUUCGUUGCCCCCUCAGCUGUGGCCUGUGCUAAUGCUGCUCUUAUUUCAUUACACUAAAGGAAAAAAGCAACAUGAGCUUAGAUGUGGGCGGGCACAGGUUAGAGAGCAACUGAGAUUAUGGGCUUCAAAUAGCCUGUGUAGCCUCUGACUGUUAACACAUGUACGAGCACAAACACUCUGUGCCAGCCACUGUGUCUCGUGGCUUGGAGCGUGAGCUUAGACCUGAGUUCACCUGAGGAAGUACACGAGAGCUUGUUUUUCCACUUUAAUCAUUAGCCAGCUCACUUAUUGACAAAGCGUCACAAUGCAAUAUAAUGGAGGAGGCUUAAAAAAAUACUCAGCAACCAGUUUCCAUCAUUUAAAACGUUUUUUUAUUUUGUUAAAAAACGGAAGCAAUCCAUGCACUGGCUGGUUAAAAUGUUAUUUUUUGGGAUAUUAUAAACUCCUAUGUGGUUCAAUUUUAACAAAAAAGUAGAGGUAAAUCUGUGCAAAGUUAAUUAAAUGUAGGUCUGAACAUCUCCAUUAACUCUUAUUUUGAGGAAAAAUGAGAUUGAUGGACAUCAUGUCUAACUCGGUUGAGUAAAUUUAACUUUAUUUUCUUUCAGCUCAUCAGUAGUCUCUGUGUGGCCUCUUCGGCUUCACCCUCUCUGUGGUGCUUGUGUUGCAGAGGCUCCCCUUUCAAAUCCUCCUUUUCAUCUUCUUCGUCUAAAUUAAAAGUACUUCCAUAUAUUAGAUCACUUCAGGCUUUAGAACAUUUUUAAAAACUUCUUUAACCCACCUCAGAUGCUUUAGUCAUUUGUUUGUUUUGCAACCGUUGCAGCAAGAGAGCAAACCAGUUACUGUAUUUAUGUGUGCAGCUUGCACUGCAGCUUAGAGACUGCCAAGUACACAGACAUUAGGAGGAAAACUUACGUUUUCUCAAAAAUGAAAUUAAUAUUAAAUAACAUAUUUGUAAAAUUAGCAUCAUCUAAUGUUCAUGUAGUAGUUAUAGUCGACGUCAAUCAUCGCCUCUUAACAUAGAACAUCUGGGGGAGGUGGAUUAGUCAACCAUUCUAUUAUGCUCCUUUAUUUUACCAGCAUUUCUUAACGCUUCUCAGUAGUGCCUGAUACACUCAUAUUAAUGUAGCAAAUUUUAAUUUUAUCUGUGAUUUGUAAAGGUUUUAGGCUCAAUUGAUCAUAAAACUGAACUUUAAUUCUUGGUUGAAAAUCAAAUUAUAAAACAACUGGCGAGAAAAGGUAGAGGGAAGGAUUCUAAAUCAUCAUGUUGAGAGAUUGCAGCCCAGACAAUUGAGGAAUGCCUCAGGAGAAAAGUAUGAGGAAACUGAAAAAGGAACAAAUAUGAAGAGAGCAAAUGCCUCUGCAGGGACGUACUGUACUCUCACCCAGCUUGUUUCUCUCUCAGCUUGCAUUCCUUGUGAUCUCCCGAUUCUGUUUUGCUUCUCACAUUUUCAUGUUGACAUAGUCUGGCAUCGCCUCUAACGACGUAAGAUGACUGUGAAAGUCGGAAGGUGCGCUGCAGCUGCUGGAAUGAUGCAAAUGUUCAACUUCCCCUGCUAAAUGGCAUAUAGAAUGGGCUGCUGCUGGCAUGAAUCGUGUUAAUUUUGCUGUGGACUUUAUGAGAUGGUUCUGCUAAUUAUGCAGGUAUGCAGCUGCGCAUUGCAUUGGAAGACAAAGCUGGAAUUUGUGGUUAUCUUAAAAGGCAGCCUGCAUUUCUAACCCAAACAGGUUUUCCCUCUUUUCCAUAAGCUAAUAUGCUUUAUGUGGAGGUGUUGGGAUUUCAUUGUGAUUAUUCCUGCCUACUUAUUGAGAAAAAACAUUCUGAUAUCUGUUCAUGUCACAAGACAACAGCUUCAACUGGAGAUGUCAAUUUCACCUAUUGCUUUCUUUAAUACCUUGUUCCUUUCAAUUCAUCCUCUGUGGUAAAUGACUUAUUUUUAUCCUUCUUUGUUCAUUUAGUCUUUUAAUCUUAUACCUCUUUGGCCAGAUGAGGUAGGGCUGCAAAUAGUCAUUAUCCUGCUUACUCACUUCACAUUCUGUGUGGGAACAUGAGCUUCUUCUCCUGCUCUUAUGCUGUCCUUAACUCAGGGAUAAAUGCGAUCUGUUUGAAUGCCAUGCUUCCAACUGGAAAAUUAUCCGAUUUGCCUUGUGGGUGUUUUGUUUUUGAUGGUUAUCAAUGAAGCCUCUGUGGAGAAAUUGUCCAUAUUAUUCUCCAUUAGUUCACCUUCUAACUACCUCUCCUGUUUCUUUUGAGAUCUGUGAGGGCUUGACAGAUUGCACGCUACCGUGACAACUUUUUCUUCAGUCACUUUUACGGUUUACUGACAUUUACAGCAUUUUCAGACCCGACUCACUCGUGGAUGAGUGCGUGACGUCUGCAUCUCUUAUCAGUCUCAUCUGCACACACACUACAUUUAAGUGACAGACUAAAGUAUACCUCUUUAAUGUGCAUGACUAAUCACUGCAACCAGAUGUCCUCCUUAGCAGCUGCAGACUGCUGUUUGGCCUUGAAAAAUAAGGCUGCUUUAGUCCUCCUGAUCAGAACCAGAAUGACUGCACAGCAGACACAGUGAUUAUUAGAAAACUUACAUGAAAAAUCCUAAAAAGGUCAAAGAAAUAAGUUGAUUUUGAUAAUUGUAACAAUAAUAAUUAUGAAAAAAAAAUCCCUUAAUAGCUCUGUCAUUCCAGUCCAACAAUAUCUGUAGUUCUGAGGUCCUGCUUAGACCUGGCGUUAACUUCUCUCCUGGACUUUUAAAGCCCAUUUUUGCAAAGGAAAAUAAAAAUUAAAUAAAUUAAUCAAACAUAUCUGCUGGAAUUUCUGUAACAUCUCAGAUGCUUUCAGUCAAUUGAAUAACAUUGAGUCCAAUAUACCCAGAUUUUUCCAAGUCACAAUUUAUAGAACCUGUAUUGACUACAACUUAAGAUGUGGUUUUAAAGAGGAAAGUGAAAAAACAACCUAUGCUGGAGAAUGCUUUUGUUUAAAAACAACUGUUUUCAACCUCAUUUUAUAAAUGUAGUGACUUGUAGUAUCCUGGUUUCUAAUGCUUAUAAAGACCCCAUUAAUUGAGAAACCUUUUAAUUAC